UGACCAACUUUUAAAAGUAUUAUCGUUUUCUGUUGCUAUAUAUAUUUAAUAGCCUAUUUUUGUCAAAUAAAACAGCAGUGGCAGUCUUUUCUUUCUCUAAUUUUAGGCACUUCCUGCUGCAGAGAGCACUUUAAGAAAGGAAGGCCUCCCUGUGACUUCUGCCUACCAGCCAUAAAGUACUCAUUCCUUUCCACUCUGCCUGCAGUUGAACACAAAGACCUGGGGGAGACUCCCACCUCCUCGCGGAGAAGAAAGGAGGCGGCGGCGCGGAUCAAAGGAACUUGGGGCUUGUGGCCUUUGGGCACCGGGGUGCCUGGCAGGGGGAAAGUGAGCGAAAGCCAGGGGCGGUUAGUGAGCUGUGAGAUGAGGCGCUGCUGCUGUUCCUGCCGCCGCCGCCGCUGCUGACACUCAGGUUCCAGGGUCCGUCUGCUGCCCUUUGCGCUUCGUGUACAUGUGUCUGUUCAGCGCAUCCGGAGGCGCCCAGAAGAGAAUCCAACACGGCCGCCGGGGAGAGACCACCCGCCAUGCCCACGGAGACCCUACAGACAGGUAGCAUGGUGAAGCCGGUCAGCCCCGCGGGCACCUUCACCUCGGCCGUGCCCCUGCGCAUCCUCAACAAGGGGCCCGACUACUUUCGCAGGCAGGCCGAGCCCAACCCCAAGAGGCUCAGCGCGGUGGAGAGGCUGGAAGCCGACAAGGCCAAGUACGUGAAGAGCCAGGAGGUCAUCAACGCCAAGCAGGAGCCCGUGAAGCCGGCCGUGCUGGCCAAGCCCCCGGUGUGCCCGGGGGCCAAGCGCGCGCUGGGCAGCCCCACGCUCAAGGUGUUCGGGCCCAACGCCAAGGCCGAGGGCGGCGUGCACCGGGAGACCCUGAAGCUCGAGAUCCUGAAGAACAUCAUCAACAGCUCCGAAGGCUCCAGCUCGGGCUCGGGCCACAAGCACAGCUCCCGAAACUGGCCGCCGCACCGGCCCGACGCCGCCGAGCUGCACCGGCACUCCUUCGCCGAGUCCCUGAAGGUCUACCCCACGCAGGGCCGAGGCAGCCCGCAGGACAGCGGCUCCCACGUGGGCAGGAGGCUGCUGGAGCAGACGGCCGAGUCCUUCCUGCACGUGUCCCACAGCUCCUCGGACAUCCGCAAGGUGACCAGCGUGAAGCCCUUGAAGGCCAUCCCCUGCAGCAGCUCCGCGCCCCCCCUGCCCCCCAAGCCCAAGGUCGCGGCCAUCGCCACCAUGAAGUCCCCCGAGGCCGACCCCGUGGAGCCAGCUUGCGGGGUCAGCCGAAGACCCUCCCUCCAGCGGUCCAAGUCCGACCUGAGUGACAGAUAUUUCCGGGUGGACGCAGACGUGGAGAGGUUCUUCAACUACUGCGGACUGGACCCCGAAGAGCUGGAAAACCUUGGGAUGGAAAACUUUGCAAGGGCUAACUCUGACAUCAUCUCCCUCAACUUCCGCAGUGCAAGCAUGAUCAGCUCAGACUGUGAACAGUCUCAGGACAGUAACAGUGACCUUAGAAACGAUGACAGUGCCAAUGACCGGGUGCCGUAUGGCAUUUCUGCGAUCGAGAGAAACGCUAGGAUCAUCAAGUGGUUGUAUAGCAUCAAGCAAGCUAGAGAGUCACAGAAGGUCUCCCACGUGUAAGAGAAGGCGCGUGCAGAGGAGGGAGGGGUGGGUCUCGUCUGUGCAUCCGCAGUUGUGAAGGUUGUGAGGUCUCCUUGAAGUGUUGUGAGCUUCUCCACUCUCUUUGUGUUGCUUGUUGUGCAAUGUUUUCAAGUUGCAUGCCUGUCAACAUGGGGGCGGACCUGGCGUCCGCGUCAACCAUCGCUGCAGAGCCUGGCUGAACACACGUCAUCUGCCAAAGGUUUCAGGCCAGAAUCGGAUUAGGGCUUUGAUCUCAAGCAAAACUGUUUACACGGAAACGGUAUACGACUUCUUCAAUAUUUAUGUGGUUUCUUGUGUUUUAUAUCCCGCGCUAUUGUAUCUUAAUUAAAAGUUUUAUCAACUGGCUUUUAAGUUGAGAGUAGAAUCUUUUUGAAAUAAAAGCCAAUUUGCCUACGUGUGACACCAAAACAAGGGGGAAAUAAAUGGCAUCUGCUACCAAACAGAGUAACUGCCCUAAGGUAGAACCAGGCUGGAUUUUCUGAGGAAAGUGGUGAGGCCCGUGUUAAAUCACUUAACAUGUUGCAGUUCUCCUGCCACUUGCUACAGUAAUGGUUGGGGUAAGGAUGCUAUGUCCUGUGUCCUACUCGGUAUGUAAAUAAAUGCUGGUGGCUCUGUGUAAUACUGACCCCAAGAAAAGACAAUCAGAUACAAUGAAGGCGAUUAUAUCUGGGAGGUUGAAUGUUUGGGGUUUUGUUAAUAUUCUUCUGAUUUGGGUUGAUUCAGAAAUGUCUACUAUUAAUCUUUCGACAGGAAUGGCCACCCUAAAGUUGUUACUGAAUGUCUUAAAAUUUUGGGGGGGUUGCUUCUUUGGUCAAUAACGAAUUCUCUCCCUCCUUCCCUUCCUUUUUUGUUGUUUUAUUUGGGAGAGGGGGGUGGGGCUUGUGCAGGUUUGUGCUAUCCGAAGACAUGAACACAAACGGAAAUACCAGCCAUAUCAGUAUCGAGCCUCCUAUUCAACAGUGAACACCUUUGGUGGCUGGACCAUAUCUGAACAGUGUGACUGUGUUGUCUUGCGUAUGCUAUUCCCUCAUGCCGUGGACCUUUGUUCCAGCUCUAGGAAACUGUAGAAACACAACACUAUAUAGCCCCACCCGCCACCCCCAGCCUCUAGUGCUACAUAUCAACUUGUUCCCUUUUCCCCCAAUAACCUGUCUUCCAGUUAGCUGUCAACCAGCUGACAACUGUGUCGUAGCAGAGAGGUACACGUGCAGUGGUCUGCUUCAUUGCUGUUGUGGUUACGCUCUGAAGUUCAGGGGCACUACCUUAGACUUCAUCAGCUAAUAAACUUUUUAUGGUGUAAAUGCUGUAAGACUUUGUACAUACUUCAGUUGUUAUGAAAUCUUGAAGAAAAAAAAAAGAAAAACUUAUGCUAAUAAAUAGCUCUGGUGCAGGCACUAA